AUGAGUAACGUUACUUCUCUUUAAUAUGAUUCUUGGUGUUGUUUCAACUUUCAAACAAGAAAGAUUCAGAUAAGUACAUUAGAAAAUGAUUAGAUUAUUUUGGUGUCACAAAAAUUUGGUCCAAAAGAACACUAUGCAUCCAUGUUUUGAUUAGAAGAUCGAGAAAAUCGUUGCUUCUCUUAAGACCUAGAUGAAUAAAUGGGAGCAAAUCUUUUUUCAACCGAGCUAAUAUAAUCUCUCCGUAUUAGUUUUAGGUUGUUUGUUUAAAAUUUCAAUUAGAGGAAAAGUUAAGGGUUUUAAGAUUUUUUAGGGUUUGAGUUCUUCUCUGAGUCAGUUUUUGUUAGGAGCAUUGCAGCAUUUGAUCAAAUGGAAGUUAUGGGAUAUUGGUAAAACUAGUUCUUGUUAGAAGCUUGAUGGGGGGGGCUUAGAUAUUUUGGGUUUUGGCUACUCAAGUGAGAUUGAUGAUCUGGGUUUUGUUUUUCAAGUGAUUCUGUGAUAUGGGUUUGGUUCAAAGAUGGUUCUUUUGAUUUGCUUCGGCAGAUAAUUGCUUUGGUGAUUUAGUUUCUCUGUUUAUAACCAGAACAAUCAACCUGUUGUGGCUCCGAGAAGGUUACUGAGUUUUGAAGUAAGAGAAGGUUUCGUGGUUUAUGGCUUGGUUGGUAACGUUUGGUGAUUGAAUGAAUUGGAAUUUUAAAGAUUGUAUAUUUGGAUUUGCGUAGGAUUUCAAAUUUGUUGGUAAGAAUUGCUCAAAUUAUUGGUGUUCUUGCUUCGCCUGAAUUAAUGUCUGAGAUGGGAAGGUUUCAUUAAGGUAGAGAGAUUUUGGAAUGUAGAUAAGGGAUCAUUGAUUUCUUUUGGUCAGUGGUAACAAACUUGAUGGCGACCACUUCGCCACAACCAAAUUCUUCUCCUCCUGCAGUGCCACCGGCUUCUAACACCAGUCCACCACCACCGUCCACCGUUGUUCCACCACCACAGAACUCUCCUCAACCUCCUACACCUUCCCCACCUCAGUCUAAUGCAAACCCACCGGGCUUCUCACCUCCUUCAACUCAAUCCCCUAGUCCAAAUGUUUCCACAACAACAUCACCAGCCCCUUCAUUCCCGUCUCCUCCUCCGCCUGUUUCUCCUCCAUCCCUUCCAUCCAACUCCAGUCCUCCACCACCAGCAUCACCACCAUCAAUUCCACCUCCUCCACCACCAGUGCCACAGCCAUCACCAUCUACUGCUUCACCACCACCACCACCACCACCACCAGCAGCACCUAUAAAGAAAUCACCUCCUCCACCACCAGUGCCGAUGCCAUCACCGGGAACCCCACCAAAUUCACCACCGUCGAGCCCGUCUCCUCCAGCACGGGCACCUGGGCCCCCGCCAAAUUCAGCAGCUACUGCUUCACCACCAUCCCCAUCACGAACUCCAAACACUUCAUCUCCUCCGCCACCAGUGCCACAGCCAUCACCAGGGUCCCCACCAAAUUCAACACCGUCAAGCCCGUCUCCACCACCGCCAACACCUAGGCCAGCAUCGAGAACCCCACCAAAUUCACCAGCUCCUACUUCACCACCACCACAAUCCCCACCAGCAGGAUCACCACCAAAAGUGCCUCCAGCACCCGUACCAGGAUCUCGUAGUGAUCCGUCUUCACCCGCACGUAGUUCUCAACCCACACCUCCAUCUCCACCUUCACCGCCACCAUCUAUAACAAGACCAGCAUCUCCUCAAGUUCCAGUUGUGAAUAAUUCUCCUCCCUCCUCAAAUAGUCCAGCUGUGAAUAAUCCUUCUUCUCUUGCUCCAGAAAGUUCAAACCCCAGUAGUAAUGGUGGCAUUGGCGUAGGAGGUGCAGUUGCCAUUUUUAUUGCUGUAGGAAUCAUAGUGCUUAGCCUUAUGGGUCUUGCCAUCUGGUGCUUGAGGAAGCGGAAGAGGAAGCUUGCCAAUCUCAAUGGUGGUUAUGUCAUGCCAUCCCCUAUAGGAUCUUCCCCUAGAUCAGAUUCAUUCUUAAUAAAGACACACUCCUCAGCACCUCUUGUGGGAAGUAGUUCUGGGAGUGAUGUGACUUCAACCACAGAGCCUGGUGGUUUAGGCAAUUCAAGGCCGUGGUUUACAUAUGAGGAAUUAGUAAAAGCCACAAAUGGGUUUUCAGAACAAAAUCUCUUGGGCGAAGGUGGAUUUGGUGCUGUCUAUAAAGGGUGCUUACCAGAUGGAAGGGAGGUGGCAGUAAAGCAGCUAAAAAUUGGCGGAGGCCAGGGAGAGAGAGAAUUUAAAGCUGAAGUUGAAAUUAUUAGUCGCAUACACCACCGCCAUUUGGUUUCACUUGUGGGCUACUGCAUAUCUAAGAGCCAAAGACUGCUUGUAUAUGAUUAUGUCCCUAAUAAUACCCUUUAUUUCCAUCUUCAUGGAGAAGGUAGGCCAGUUCUGGAUUGGGCAACACGCAUUAAAAUUGCUGCUGGUGCAGCUCGUGGAAUAACUUAUCUCCAUGAAGACUGUCAUCCUCGAAUUAUUCACAGAGACAUCAAGUCAUCUAACAUCCUUUUAGAUAAUAACUUUGAAGCUCAGGUUUCAGAUUUUGGGCUUGCAAAGUUAGCUCUUGAUGCUAAUACUCACAUAACAACACGUGUUAUGGGAACUUUUGGAUACAUGGCCCCUGAAUAUGCAACAAGUGGCAAAUUGACCGAGAAAUCUGAUGUAUUUUCUUUUGGAGUUGUGCUUUUGGAGCUCAUCACUGGACGGAAGCCUGUAGACACUUCUCAGCCCAUGGGAGAUGAAAGUCUGGUUGAAUGGGCCCGACCUUUGCUGAGUCAUGCGCUGGAUACUGAGGAAUAUGAAAGUCUGGCAGAUCCAAGGCUUGGUGGAAACUAUGUUAAUAGUGAAAUGUUUCAAAUGGUUGAGGCUGCUGCAGCCUGUGUGAGGCAUUUAGCUGCCAGGAGACCAAGCAUGGGACAGAUUGUAAGAGCUUUUGAUAGCUUUGCUACAGUGGAUCUAUGUAACGGAAUGAGAGUGGGUGAAAGUGAGGUAUUUAACUCUGCACAGCAAUCUCAAGAAAUCAGAUGGUUUCGGAGGAUGGCCUUUGGUAGUCAAAGUUACAGUACAGAGUAUUUUAGUGAAUCUAAUCAACAUGAUAAAUUUUGAGGCACGAGGGAUGAAUUCAUCUGAACCAGAAAGCUUGCAAGCUGAGCUGGAGGCCUAUUUAGGUUGGGAAAUCUGCAGAGUUUUGCUCACCCAAGAUAGUAGUUAAUCUGUUUCUGGCAUUAACCAUCCCAGGUGAUUAACUGCCUCUAUACGUGUAUCUAGCUUCGAUCUUAGGCUUUUAGCUUCCUAAUAUACUAUGCAUUUUUUUAGUUUCUUCACAAAUUCUUUCAUCUUGUAAUUACUCCAUGCAAAUUUUGUUCCAUCCAAUGUUGAUGAUAAAGCUUCCAUACAAGG